CUAACUUUGUUUACCUCCUGACGAUAAGUUUUCUCUGUUGGCUAUAUAUACCUUGCUUGGUUACAGAAUUUUAACAGUUUCAUAACCAAGGUGCUCGAAAAAGUGUCACUAAAAUGCUGGAAAGUUCUCACUGGAAAUUCUGCAAGGUCUCAGGUCUUGAUCUGCUUUCGAAAGGUCUCAUGAAGUACUGGGAAGAGAUUAGCAAUAGCUAAAUACUGGCCACUGAGUUUAUGUAAAAAAAGUCUAUUCUAAGAAGUUGAAAAGGAGUGACUUACUUACUGCUAAUGAGAUACGACUCCCUUUAACGCAAAGUAUAAUUUUUUGUGGAUUUGAACUUUCACCCAGAUCAAAGAAACUGCCAGAAAAAAAAGAUUCGCGCAAUAUGUAUUUCGAAAUGUGAAGUUUUAACAUUUUGUUUCGACCCUUUUAAUCCAUUUUAAAUGCAGGUUUUUGCAGCUAGCUAUAGAAAACAAUUUGCAUUAAUUGUAAAGAAACUCUGAUGACACUUCAGUCGGCAGAUGUUUUCCUAUGAGCUGGAAACUAAAAAAUAGUUAUUUGACAUAAAUUCACCAAGCAGCUGUUGUUCCACAGUCGUCUAGACUUAAUUUAAUCAUUCUGGAAGAAAAACAACAUAAAUUAUUAUGUUUUUUUUUUUAAAUAUUCCUGAACAUUUUUAUCAGGUUUUUUGAAAUUCUUUUUAAUUACGGUUAUUCCAUUUAAAAGUGUUGAAGCAACACUUUUCGUGCAAACGCUAGGUUACAACUAAAAGCACAACAAUGGCUCAGACAGAACACACGGGUUACAGCAAGUACGUCUGAUCUGGUACAGUGUAGCCCGACACAGUAUAUAUUCCGCGGAUAUGUCAUCGUCCAUCAACUCUUCCGCAGGUCCUUACGGCGACAAGGACUUACCUGUAUACAAAGAUAUACCAAUUGCAUUCUGGGUAUUUCUGUCUGUAGAGACCGUUGUUAUUGUAAUCGCCAAUGCGAUGUUGUGUUGGUUAUUUCUAAACAAUCGACAACUACGCUCGUAUCAAAACUAUUUUGUACUCUCACUGAGCGUCAGUGAUCUUUUAGUUGGGUUAACAAUAGCGCCAUGUGAAUAUUGCGCCCUGUUAAACCGCCCACCACAAGACUGCCCGCUGUUUUGUGGAAGCGUGGUUAGUUUUAAUAUGCUAGCUUCGACAAUCAACUUAGUUUUAAUAGCUGGCGAUCGAUAUUAUUCGAUAAAGAAACCGUUUCGCUAUCAAGAAGUGAUGUCCAGGAGGCGAGCUAUAUUUGUUAUCACCUUAGGAUGGAUCACCACCCUUUUUAUGACUCUUCUUCCCUUCACUUGGAGUUUGAGUACAUCCAUAGACCCAAAAGUGGGGGUUAAAAUCAACCUUUAUUUCUCGGAAGCAUUAUUUGCUUUAGUAUUCUUGAUUGGUGUCCUACUCGGUAUAAUCUAUUAUACUAUCGUAAAAUUGAUUCAAGAAAAGCUUCGCACUUCAAACGAAAAAUCGUCAAAUCCUGCUGGCAUAAAAGUGUGCAUUAUGGUAGCAAUAAGUUUCUUUUUGUGUUGGAUACCAACCUGCAUUGUGGAGCUACUGGUGCAAUACAAUGUGAAUCUACCACACCAAGUCGUUAAUGCGUCCUAUUCGAUCAUGCUUAUUAAUCCCUGUCUGGAUCCUAUUAUGUACGCGUAUUACAGACGUGAUUUCCGACGUGAAUUAGCGUCAUGGCGACAACGUCAAUGGAAGAGUAUUAAAAUAUGUUACAACAGGUUGACGCAGAAACCGUACAUGAGAAAAGAAAGCUUUUUUGGCACGACAGACGACUCAAAUAACAAUUACUUCAAGGUGAAAAGUCUUAUAAGGAAAAGUGCUGCUAACGGCGCUUCGGUAUGCUUAACGACGUCUUUUGAAACGUCAACUAUUGUGAUGGAUAAAGUGACGGUGUUGUGAAUAGCAAUAAUGUUAUCUCAUAUAUUUCUGUAGAAAUUAUUAUUUUGAUACUCCAAUAUAAGUAUUUAUUCCGGUCUGUAUCUAGCUGUUUGAAGAAAUAAAAUUAACUUAGACAAAA